CCACUCGUCGCUGCACUUCCUGGUAUUUUGCAUCAGUGACACGAUCGAGGCGUUCCAGGAAGAUGCAGACGCGCUGCUGGCUCAUCACCCUCAUCAUCAGCGUCGCUCUCGGACAGCCACAAGUUGCCAGUGACGCUGAUUUAUCUGUGGCCCGAUGGAUUCUGGCGCUCGAAUCUGCGGCUCCGGACUCUAUGCCUGUGUCGGACAGCUCCUCGUCGGAGGAAGAGGAGCCAAUUCCCUCCCUGGAGUCCACCGAGGGCGAAAGCCGGACGCUUGGCGCUGACGAAGACAGCCCAACGGCCAAAGUCUUCAUUCCGGACAUCGGCAAGAUCAAGACCAUCGUGGAGAUUCUCAAGACGGUUGGAGAUGUUGUCGUCCCUGUCAUUCUGGAGGAGGUCGAGAGCGUGGCCGGAAACGUGGCUGGAACGAUUUCUGGAUCAGGAGCCGCUGGAGAAGUCCAAGGACAGCUCCAGGCCGUCAACGUUCCGGAAGACCUCGUGGCAUUCAAGACACGCGGAGUCAUGUUGCUGCAGGGUGCGAAGAAGGAUUUUGGCAACUUUCGUCCGAGAGUUAUUUCAUAAGAGGGAUAAUAAAAGGGUUGCGAGUGAAAACUGAAAUAGA